AUGGAUGUUGUCCUCGAUAUCUGCGAAACAUACGUCGGUGAUCAUUUAUACGCCUGGUUACUUCCCGCGGAACGGAAACCUUACGAUGCCGACUUAUUCAACAACGCGACAACGUUCCCCUUCGGACUAGAAUGCAACUAUGAGCCUCCAACCAAAUACUUCACAAUCCGGCCAUCGCCGGCGAUUUGCCAAAGCUCCUUGCCCAGAGACAACAUACUCAGACAAUCCAUUAACCUUUUCCUAAUAUUCUGGAUCUUCGGCAUGGUCGUCUACUUCUUCUUCUCCACGCUCUCCUACGUAUUCAUCUUCGACAAAGAACAGCAAAAACACCCAAAAUACCUCAAAAACCAAGUCCGCCUCGAAAUAAAAGAGACCCUCGCCGCCCUCCCCGGCAUGUCCCUCCUCACCCUCCCCCUCGUCCUCGGCGAAAUCCGCGGCUACACCAAAAUGUACGACACCAUCGCCGACGGCCCUGGGCUGUGGUACGAAGUCCUGCAGUUCCCGCUGUUUCUGCUCUUCACCGACUUCUGCAUCUACUGGGUGCAUCGCGGCUUACACCACCCGCUCGUAUACAAGACCCUCCACAAGAAGCAUCACAAGUGGGUGGUGCCGACGCCCUUUGCGGCGUAUGCGUUUCACCCUGCGGACGGGUGGGCGCAGAGUCUGCCGUACCACGUGUUCACGUUUAUUUUUCCCAUGAACAAGUUUUCGUUUUUGCUGCUGUUUGUUUUUGUGAUUUUUUGGACUAUUCUGAUCCAUGAUGGGGAGUAUCUCGCGAAUAAUCCUGUUAUUAAUGGGGCGGCGUGCCAUACGGUUCAUCAUUUGUACUUUAAUUAUAACUAUGGACAGUAUACGACGCUGUGGGAUCGGAUUGGUGGGAGUCAUCGCGCGCCGGAGAAGGAGCUGUUUGAGAAGGAGAAGAAGAAUGGGAGGGUUGAGUGGGAGAGGCAGAGUAAGGGGGUGGAGAGCAUGAUUCUUGAGGUGGAAGGGGAGGAUGACCGGGUGUAUACGCCGGAGGAUGUGAAGAAGAAUAAAUAG